AUUUUUCCUUACCUAAUUAUAAAGAUUCUUCUAAUAUGAAAGCUAUAGCUAUAGUUGUUAGAUCAUCAUCAAAAUCCCACUACAUGGAUAUAUAAGAAGGGAGCCCAAGAUGUAAUCCUUCCAACUCAUUCUAACACCAAUUAUAGCCUUUUUUUUAAUAUACAUAUUUUCUUUCUAUUCCAAAAAGAAUAGAAAAAAAAGGUAAUAACUACACAACCAUACAAUGCUUUAGCUUUACUCCUACUCAAACCAUUCAUAUAUAAUAUAUUCUUCAUACUAAAAACCUUUCACAAUAAUAAUCCCUCAUGAUCAUUCUAUUCUAUCACACUUAAUUAAUAAGCUUAUACAAUUUUCUCUUCUCUUCUUCUUCUUCUUCUUCUUAAGAGAAUAAUGAGUUCAAUACCAUCUCAAGUUUCAACCAAAAUGAAAGCUUAUUAUAGAUCAAAGCUUCCUUUACCUAUAAUCACCACCAUAAUAUGUAUCAUUGCUUUUGUUCUUCUUCUCUUCACUGAAAGACUUAAUUUUCUUACUUCAAACUCAAUUCUAAGUGCCAAGACAUGUUCAAGAAGAGUUGGUUUAAAAAAAUCAAGUGAGAAAACAGAGAGAAAAACAGAGGAUUUAAUAGAUGAUAGGUUUGACUUUGACCCUGAAGAAUGUAAUGUUGCUAAUGGAAAAUGGGUGUUCAAUAGUUCAAUUGAGCCUUUGUACUCAGAUACAAGCUGUCCAUAUCUUGAUAGACAAGUCUCAUGUGUCAAAAACGGCCGGCCGGAUUCCGAUUACCGCCACUGGGAAUGGCAGCCGGAAGAUUGCACCUUGCCAAGGUUUGAUCCAGAAGUUGCUCUUAAGAAACUUAGAGGGAAAAGGGUUUUGUUUGUUGGAGAUUCAUUGCAAAGGGGUCAAUGGCAAUCUUUUGUGUGUUUGGUUGAGUCUAUAAUUCCUAAAGACCAAAAAUCUAUGAAACGAGGUCGUUCUCAUUCUGUCUUCACAGCCAAGGAGUAUAAUGCUACAAUCGAAUUUUAUUGGGCACCAUUUCUGGUGGAGUCGAAUUCAGAUUUACACAUAGUAGCAGAUCCAAAGAAAAGGAUUCUAAAAGUUGACUCAGUAAAAAAGCAUGCCAAGAAUUGGGUGGGAGUUGAUAUUCUUCUAUUCAAUACUUAUGUUUGGUGGAUGAGUGGUCUCAAGAUCAAGUCAUUAUGGGGUUCAUUUCCAAAUGGUGAAGAAGGAUAUGAAGAACUGGAUGCACCAGUGGCUUAUAGAAUAGCUUUGAGAACUUGGGCCAAUUGGGUUGACACAACCAUUGAUCCAAACAAGACUCGAGUCUUCUUUACCACAAUGUCCCCUACACACCAAAGAAAUGCAGAUUGGAGUGAUAAAGGAGGAAUAAAGUGCUACAAUGACACAAAACCAGUAAAGAAAAAAAGUCAUUGGGGAAGUGGUUCAGAUAGAAGAGUAAUGAAAGUUGUAUCAGAUGUAAUUGGAAGAAUGAAAACACCUGUUUCUGUACUUAAUGUUACUCAAAUCUCUGAGUAUCGAGUCGAUGCACACACCUCUGUCUACACAGAAACAGGUGGAAAACUCUUGACUAAGGAACAAAAAGCUGACCCUCUUCACCAUGCUGAUUGUAUUCAUUGGUGUCUUCCUGGUGUUCCUGAUACUUGGAAUCAAAUCUUCUUAGCACAUCUCUUGUAGCCAUAUUUUUAUAUCAUUUCUUCAUCUCUUUGAAUUUUCAUGAUAUGCUGAAUUGCAAAGGAAACAAAAAAUUUAAUUGAAUAUAAUGAAUUUUGUCUUCA